UCUCCCUCAGAAUACGAUUCUUUCUCUUGAUGUUUGUGGCAAGACAGCUAUGAGGGCAUCUAAAAAGGGUGGUCUUUCUUUUUGUAGCAAAAUGUAGAGUUUAUUUAACUUUUCAUCCUGCCUUUAGCAUUUUCUUUAUUUUAUGUAUUGCUGUUGUGGAUAAAACCAUUGCACAAAAAUAUGAGUUUUGUGGGUGGGAUAUUUUUUCCUUACGUCGAAAAUAGCCUUCAUUCAUGCAUAACUUGAACGAAAUUCUGAAUAUAACUACAAAAGUGCACUAAUCGUGGAUGUAUUCAUGGCGGUAAACUUGAAUUUGGGAUAUCUAAUACAUUAACGUUUGGAUGAAUUGUUUAGCAUGAGAGCAGGUGAGUCAGUCUUCGUGUUUGUCUAGUAAGGCGACGCGCGCAUUGCCCGCGGAUAGAACGAAGCGGGGUGUUGGAGAACGGUGGACAACGGCGCAGUGAUCAGCCGUGAUCUGUGUUGGAGAUUACGCCUCCGAACGCUGGCAAAAGCCAGGCACGCCAAUAUGGGUUCUAAGCUGUGUGAUGGACGACUGGCGCACCUCCCACUCCUCCUCCUCCUGCUCCUCGUCCUCCAGGCCCUACUGCUGCUCUGCUCUGGUGAACGCACCUGCCCCCACAGCUGCCGUUGUGAGGGGAAAAUCGUCCACUGUGAGUCAGCUGGCUUCUCAGACGUCCCUGAGAACAUCUCAGUGGGCUGCCAAGGCCUCUCUCUUCGCUACAAUGACCUUCACACGCUGCUCCCCUACCAGUUUGCCCACCUCAACCAGCUCCUCUGGCUCUACCUGGACCACAACCAGAUCUCUGCUCUAGACAGCCGGGCCUUCCAGGGGGUCCGCAGGCUUAAAGAGCUGAUCCUCAGCUCCAACAAGAUCUCUCAGCUCCACAACGCGACCUUCCACGGAGUGCCCAACCUCCGCAGCCUGGACCUGUCCUACAACAAGCUGCAGGUGCUGCAGCCGGGGCAGUUCCACGGCCUGAGGAAGCUGCAGAACCUCCACCUCCGCUCCAACGGCCUCACCAACAUCCCCAUCCGGGCCUUCCUGGAAUGUCGCAGCCUGGAGUUUCUGGACCUGGGCUACAACCGUCUCCGGGCCCUCACCAGGACCACCUUCCUGGGGCUGCAGAGGCUCAUGGAGCUGCACCUGGAGCACAACCAGUUCUCCCGGAUCAACUUCUUUCUGUUUCCACGCCUUGCUAACCUACGGGCGCUCUACCUGCAGUGGAACCGCAUACGAGCAGUCAACCAGGGCCUUCCCUGGAGCUGGCACACGCUGCAGAAACUGGAUCUGUCUGGCAACGAGAUCCAGACCCUGGACCCAGCCGUAUUCCACUGCCUGCCCAACCUCCAGAUCCUCAACCUGGAGUCCAACAAGCUGUCCAAUGUGUCCCAGGAGGCAGUGUCUGCCUGGAUCUCCCUGACCUCCAUCAGCCUGGCGGGUAACGUGUGGGACUGUGGGACAGGCAUCUGCCCCCUGGUGGCUUGGCUGAGAAACUUUCGAGGCACUAAAGACACCACCAUGAUAUGCAGCAGUCCAAAGCAUCUCCAGGGAGAGAAGAUCAUGGAGGCUACGAGGAACAACGGAAUUUGUGAGGAAAUGGACUACUUCCAGACAGAAACUCCUUCCCCGACCCCAGAUUUCAUUGAGACGACACCCGACCCAACCCCUGCCCCCACCAGCCCCCCUCCACCCCUGCCUCCACCUACCACCUUGGCCCCCCUACUCCCACCUCGGCCUCAGCCCCUUCCCCGCCCCACCUUCCCAAGCCGGGUAGGAAUUGACCCCAGAGACUCCCCUCCCCAGGCUCCACCCUCCCUCCGCAGCCUGGUGGUGACUCAGCCCCCAGAGCUGGAGCUCAUGUCCUUCCACAAAGUAGUGGUGGGCAGCGUGGCGCUCUUCUUCUCAAUGUCGCUCAUCCUGACCGUCAUCUAUGUGUCGUGGAGGCGCUAUCCGAACGCUGCACGGCUCCUGCAGCAGAGCUCCGUGGUGGGCCGCAAGCGACGGAAAAAGAGCCCCGAGCCAGAGCAGAACCUGAGCUCCCAGCUGCAGGAGUAUUACAUGAGCUACAACCCGGCCGCCACCCCGGAGGGUUUGGAGGUGCUCGGCAACGGGACUGGCUCCUGCACCUGCAUCUCUGGCUCCAGGGAAUGCGAGAAAGAAUACACAUGUCCCCGUCCAUUACCUGGAGCUUGGCUUGGAGACGUACCCACCAUUCACUAGAAGACGUAUGUUUAACCAGCCCAUUGCUAACAUGCAGAGGAAUCAGGCCCUACAACACUACAGCUACCCCAUUACUGUCUGUCCUGAUCCUACAGUGGCACUCUCUAAAGGUCUACAAACAGAUUCCAAAGUAUACCUCCACGAGCCCAUUGACAAUCUAAUAUAGGAGCAAGAAUUACCUUCAUGAUUUCUAUCACACUGAAUAUUUAUGUUUUCUUUUCUUUUCUUUUACAAGGUCUCUAUACUCUUUCUGACUGGUUCUCAGCUGCCCUAGGCCAGUGUUCAUCCAACUAUGACCUAGGUUGCUGUUAACGCACCAGCCACUUUAACCCUUUGAUUAGCCAAUUAGGCUAGUCCAGAUUGAGGGGGGUUGAAACACUUCACGUCUGCAGCACCUCUAUGACCGUUGCCAUAGACAUUUCGGACUAUGACUUGGCGUGUGACACAAUGGGCAGUGGCACACUAUCACUCUGCUGGAGGCUGUCGAUGUGGAAAUGGGCUGUGGAGCUUACGGAACAUCACAGCUAAUGAAGAUGACAAGUGGACAGGUCUGUGACCACCCAGACGCAUAAUGUUACUUUCUUCCCAGCUAGAAACUACAGGUUUCACGGUGUAGUGUCAGCCCAGCUAUUUCCAUGAUUUUUCUUUGCUGUUGAACAACCCAUUAUUUGCAGCUGUGGUUUAAAAAAUAUUCAUCAUUUAUUUUCUGUCAAGAUGGCUUCAAAAUAAGCUAUCCUCUGAUUUGCGGCUCAGAAGUAUUUAUGUGUAUUUUGUUUGCUUUACAAGUUUACCGUGUGUACCUGUCUGUUGAGUAAUAUUUGAGUUAAGCUGUCAUUGUUCAUCUAGUCCCCUGGGGAGCUGGAGGUAGUUUUCUGAGAAGUCUGAGGAUCUAGUCUGGAGAACAACUGAUCCUCUUGCCAAUCACACAUGGUGGAGGAACUCAAUCUAUUCCCAACUGUACACACCUUGUCCCAUAAUCAGGACAGGAAGUAAAAUAAAAAGUAAAACUGAGUCUCAAACUUCUCAACUGUAGUAUAUGACUUUUUCAACAACAAAAAUCUACCAACUCUCUGCGACAACAAAAGCCUUUAUGGGUGGGUGUUUUGAGUCUCUCUGGGCUCUAUUCAAUCAGCGUGAUUGAAAUUUAAAGACAAUGUUCCUGCGCUAGUGUAGACUGCAUUCACGGUAAACGCUGCAUAUGUCGGCUCAAUCGUAAAUUACCUUAACGCUUCAGCAAUACAGAUUGAAUCCAGCCCUUUGUCUCAUGGGGACUGGGGAGGACUCUAUCUGUGGUUGUUCUGUCACAUUAAGAGAGAACCAGAGGAUUUCACAGUGAAACCAUUUCAAAGCAGAGUUGCCUCUGGGGUAAUACUCACUGAUAUGAGACUAGUGCCAUAUGGUCAGAGCACUAGAGGGAUGGAUGUUCUAUAUCCAAUCAGCUCUUUUGUUUGUUUGUGUGUGUGUGUGUGCGUGUGUGCGUGUGUGUGUGCGUUGGAAUGAUGAACGUUCCAGAGAGGAUUCCUUGGAUUCCUCUGUAAUCUUUGAAGAUGGAUGAAGCCUCAACUCUCUCCCGUUCUUAUAGUACUACUGUGCUCUUCUGCCAAAUCAACAUGUGUGUCUGUGUGGGUUGGUGUAUGUGUGUGUGUGUGUCUGUAGCGUGUCUUCAUGAAUGAGUGUGUUUGUAUUUCUUGACAGUGUGUUUGAGCAAGAUACAGUAUUAUGUACGUGUGCCACAAAUACAGUUCAUGCCACUGCUAACAACUUAUGAGUAACGCUGAAUACAUGAUGUGACGACAUCAAAAUCUCCUUAAAAGGAUAUGUCAAAUCCCCUUUAACACUAGAACCGCUGGGCUUCUCAGCAUACAAUACACUCUUAGAAAAAAAAAGUUAU